AUGGAAAACGAUAAGGGCGAACUCGUCGAGCUUUACAUUCCAAGAAAGUGUUCUGCAACUAACAGAAUCAUCAAGUCUGAUGACCAUGCAUCUGUGCAGAUCAAUGUUGCCAACGUUGACGAGAAUGGAAGGGCCAUUCCAAAUUCUUACAUUACCUAUGCUCUCUGUGGUUACGUCAGAGUUAGAGGUGAGGCCGAUGAUUCUUUGAACAGAUUGGCUCAACAGGAUGAGAUUGUUCAUAAUGUUUGGACUUAUUCCCGUUAA